GCCACCGCCGCCAGCGCCACCAGCGCUGCUCUGUGUGCUCCUCUACACCACUCCUUACGGCACAUACGAGAUCGCUUUGAUUGCUUCGUGAGUGGGGUUUCCGCUGUGCUGAAUGGAAGUUCACGGCGUUUGAUAAGGUUCGCCGUCAUCUGGUUGCUGUGCUUCGGACGUGUUGAAAUGGGGAUACUGUUUGCAAAGUUGUGGAGCUUGUUCACAAACGAAGAGCACAAGGUUGUCAUCGUUGGCCUCAACAAUGCUGGCAAGACAACAAUACUCUACCAGUUCCUGAUGAACGAGGUAGUGCACACAUCACCCACCAUAGGGAGCAAUGUGGAGGAAGUGGUGUGGAAGAAUGUUCACUUCAUCAUGUGGGACUUGGGUGGCCAGGAGUCUCUACGAGCCACCUGGAACACAUACUACAGCAAUGCUGAGUUCCUCAUAGUGGUGGUGGACAGCAUGGAUCGGGAGCGGCUACCAUUGACGAAAGAGGAGCUCUGGAAGAUGCUUUCGCAUGAGGACCUGACCAAGGCAGCAGUUCUCAUAUUCGCCAACAAGCAGGACAUCAAGGGCUGCAUGUCACCGCGAGAGAUCUCCGAGCAGCUCAACCUGACCUCCAUCAAGAAGAACCGGUGGCAAAUUCAAGCCUGCUGUGCGCUGACAGGCGAAGGCUUAUACCAGGGGCUGGAAUGGGUGUAUUCACAGCUGAAAAACAAGAAGUGAUAGCAGCUGUUCCCUUAGAAAACCCAAGGACAGACUACGUGCUGUGAUAUGACCUAAGAGGGCAGCUGCGCAGCACCCGCUGCCUCCAUCUCUCCAGUCUUCGAACAGGGACGACCAGUCAUGGAACGACGGCAUGGCCUCCCCGAGCGCUGCGACAGGCUUCCUCUGGAGGUGGUUGUCGUGGACGGACGGCCAUUGCCAUGACGACGUAGGUUCUGGGGUGUACCUUGAGAACACAAGAGGGGCGACGACAAGCAAACAGACUCAGUGGUGUGACCUGUGACUCUUUCCCAAACCCACAUCGAACAUGUGACAUUGCUGUGGUGCUUUGGUGUUUGCACAAAAACAUGCGGAAGCCUCAGUGGUACAUGACGUUAUGUGCGCAUGACUUACGGCUACAUUGUCAACAUGUGUAUAUAAGAAGAGACACGUCUCGCUUGUUUUUACUGAGCAAAACUGUUCAUGCUGUAAGUGAUAGUCUGUUGUCCUAGGUUUCCCCGUGCCGCAGAUGUGGCAUGCAUGGCAGUGUGCUCUUUUCUGUACAUGCAUGCACAUCUGUGCCAUUCUUUCUAGGUUAUUUUUUAAUUAUUUUGCUUAACAUAUUACAGCCUUUUUUUUUUUUUAAUGUAUGUGUGCUUAUAGCUUGCAUGUGACUGCUGUUUGGAUGCUUAUCUUUUUUGCCCCGUUAUAAGUAAGAGCAGCAACAUUCUUUACCCAUUUGGGAGAUGACGUUUAGACUGGCUCAUCAGGCAUCCACACUAACAUCAUUGUGUGCAGCCCUGUUGUACAUAGUCGUUUUUAAUAAGCAUACUUCAUUGAGCAUUCAUUUUUUAAAAAUUACUACCUUAUUGUGUGCCUCAUCACCUCUGUUUCACAACGCAAACAUCUAUAAUAUUUGACAGUAAUUAACAGGAACCAUAAUAAAAAUUCAUUUUGACAAGCAAGCCUCUUAUGAUUUGAAAGUUUCAUUGCACUAUCACAGUUUUGCCAUAGAUGUACAGAAAUACAAAAAAAAAGAGAAGGUAAAUUUCGUCAUAAACUAUGGUAGCCAUAAAAGCUCUAAUAGUAAUGUAUUGUAUGUACAGUACAAGUGUUUUUUCUCAUGACACACUAAGAACCACCCCAGACCUGUACGCAUGUGUCGGUGCUUACAGAGUCGUGCACACUGCAUCACUGUUUUACCUUUCAAUGCUUUGUAAUCCUGUGCAGAUUUGUGGGGAGUAAAAGAUUCACUGCUCCAGUAUGCUAUAAUAUAAAAA